CAGUGAAGGUCUCAAAACCGAGCUAUUUUUGUCCUUGAUACUUUACGGCGUUAAACAAGAAUUACAUACUAUUCAUAGAGAGUUUUUAAGUAAUCUGAGUUUGGCAACUAGUGCAACUGUGAAUUUCCUCAGUUUAAGUGAUGUUUUUCUUAAAACUCGAGAUAAUCUUCUCAUAUAUGGAGAAUAUUGUGGUCAUUUACAACAUGCUCAAAAUUUAGUUUAUGAAAUUAUGCGAAAUGAUGUAGAAAAACGUAACAAAAUAGAAUUAUGUCAGUCAAAUUCAGAGAAAUACAAUAAAUUCGCUUUGGCUGAAUUACUUACAAUACCAAUCCAACGCGUUUUGAAAUAUCAUCUUCUGUUAGAGCAUCUAUGUAAACUCACUCCAGCUGAUCACUAUGAUCGUCCUGAUCUAACUGUAGCUCACGAAGCUAUGCGUGAAGUUGCAUUAUCUAUCAACGAUGUUAAACGAGAUCUUGACACGAUUAGCUCGAUUGAUCAAAUUCAAUCCAGUUUACUUGAAAUAAUGCUGCCUCCAGAUAAAAGGUUAUCAAGUUAUGGGCACUUGCAUAUGGAUGGAGAAGUGAAAGUUCUUUCUGAAUCAGAAAGCAAAGCGAAAACUAGAUAUUUAUUUUUAUUCGAUAAAAUAUUGAUUGUAUGCAAACCGAAGGGUGAUAGUUUUACAUUUAUGUUCGCUUAUCAUGUUGUAAAUGGCCAAUUCCAACGAGUUACUUUAUCAAAUAAAAAGGGAUAUUCCUAUGGAUUUACUUUACCAAUUUUGGGUGAUAGAGAUUCGCCAAAUCUUACUUUCUUUACAAAAUCCGAAGAAUUACGUACAGCUUGGAUGAAAGCUGUAAUGGCUGCAUUGUCUAAUCUUUGUCCACCUGGAGCGAAAGACCGAGGUUACAACUUUGAAAUGUUCACAUUUAAACAACCUACUUAUUGUUGUAUCUGUAAUAAAUUAAUCACAGGAAUGUUCUUUCAAGGUUAUCGUUGUCGAGAAACAAAUCGAGCUGCACAUAAAAGUUGUCUUGCCAAUCAUAAUCUUCCACUGCGUGGUAUGACUAAUCCACAUAUUAAUGGAGUUCCUCCAAGUGCCCCACCGCCAUUACCUCCACAGAUCAAUACAGUACGUAGUCGACGUUCUCAUGUAACGAUGGGAAGUGUGCCAUGUACACCUGGAAACAACUCAUUAUCUAAUUCAGAAUCAUUUGACUUCUCACAGUUAACUGAUACAUUAUCUUCUGUGAACCACUGGCUUGCAACUGAUCAUAACAAUCUGUCGAAUGUCACUUUACAACGUAACCGACGUAUAUCUUCAGGUUUACCUACAUCAAGUAUUCCUCCAGUGAAUCCAACUUUUGCUAUAGCACGAAAAGCAUAUGAUGGUGAUCCUCUCCCACCAUCAGGUAGUCAUCCUUUGAGAUUAUCAAUUGGAGAUCAAGUUGAAUUGAUCAAAUGGACUGAAGGCUCAUCAUGGUGGCAGGUGAGUUUUGUCAUUAUGAUGUAUUCAGUUCAAUAUAUAGUUAUUUAACUAUGACUUGUAAUCUCUUUAAAGUUACCACUGAAAGUUGUAAACUAUUUGAAAAUAUAAUAAUCAUCUCUAUAUUAUAAAAUUCUCUAGCUAAAUAUCAAUCUUUGCACACUAACAAGUCACCUAAUCUUCGAAAUAUACAUAAUCUAAUCACACAUGUACUUCAUACUGACCUUGGAUUAUACUAAACUAGCGGGAAUAGUUUGUUAUCUAUUUGUCUAUCAUAUGUUUUCCAAGAUUAUGAUAAAACUGAUUUUGUUAUAACAUGUUUCAAAAUUUCGGGUCUUCCUUCAAAAGUUAACAUUGUGUAAUUAUAUGUUUUCCGAUGCUUAUUGAAUUAUAGUCAUGUAAAUCAUCGAUAGUAUAUAUGUCACAGAAAAUAAUCCCAAUUUUAUUGCUACUAUUAUCGACGAACAACUACCUACUAAAAAUGAACUUUUGUCAAUUUCGAAUACGUAAAGUCUAUAACAUGUAGUUUAAUAUCCACUGAACAUAAAUUUUGUGGAUUUCUUUAUUAUCAAUAGUAUAAGAUAUUAACGACCAGAUUUGUUUACUUGGCUUUUUAGCUACAUUUAUGCAAUAUUUGGUUCUGCAUGUCCACCAGCAGUCAUACAUUACUGUGUAACUUUAUAGUUUCCGUAAAUUCAGUAUACGUUAACAUAUUCUUUAUUUUUGAAUAUAUACAGCUUAAAUCAUUCUGUACUGCAUUAUUUGUAGACACAAGCAAUGCUUUUGUAAAUUUUUAGUUGAAAACAAUGAUUUCAUUCAAGAGAAAUAACUGAUUGAUUGUAUGGACUGAGUAAUUCACUAUUGAAUGUUACCCUUCAAAAGCUUUAUUUGACUUUAUGAUGCCGUUGAACUAACUCCGCAAUCAUCUGAUAAGUACAAGUCAGAACACGAAAACAUUCAACCUUGUUGCUGUCUGUACGUGGCUUAAGAACUCAUGAUAAUGUGCAUCUGUUGAAAGACUAUAACAUACUACAGAUAGGAUAUCACAAUUUUUACAUAACUAGGUCAUUUAUAAUACAAACUGAGUAACAGAUGCAUAAUCGAUUGGAGAUAAUUUAUGGGUAGUAAGACAUAUUUCAGUAGUUAACGAUUUAAAUGAGAGCCUAUAAUCAAGACAAUAUAAAAAACUACCAUAAAGUAAAUAUCCAAUAUAUACACAGUAGAUGUAUACGUCAUAGCCCACUGUAAAAUAUUUCUAAAAGUUCCACCUGUACCAAUUAUUAGCUCAUCUCUAACGUUAACCAUCAUGGAUUCACUUGAAUACCAAAAGAUAUUUUAAAGACGAUUUUCUCCAUUUCAAAAAAGCUGAUGAAGACACCCACUACUGAGAUUGCAUCAGUACAUUCUAUAUUGUUUAUUAUUUUUGAUAAUUUCAUUGACUCGUAAUUGUCCAUUUGAUUAGAUGCAAUGUAAAUAUUCAUGAUUUUGUCCAAAAGAGCGGGUUAGAAGUAAGUAAACUUUUCAUUGUUACAAGAAUGAUUGCUUAGUUAUCGGUUUUUUUCCACAAAAUUAAAUAAUUACUUGUAUGCUAUUUUAGAUAAGAACUGGGUGUUUUUUCGAAUAUAAACAUUCCAUAAACUUCGUUAUACUUCUAUACUGUCUCCAAACAGUAGUUUCCAUUCAACUAUAUCCACAUUAAUUCUUAUUGAUGAUUAAUUUGAUUCUAUUAACUACCUUUCUUAAUUUUUUAAAUUUCAAAUCAUCAACAUUCAGGGUUAUUGUGAUGGGUCUGAAGGUUGGUUCCCUGCUAAUCUCGUUGAAAUGGUGGUGAAUAAUAAAAUGAAUAAACCAAGCAGUACAAGAUUUUCUCAUCAAGUAUCUUCAUCGUCUAGUUCUGAUCGAACACCAGUUUUUAAUAAUAAUAAUUCUUCAGUUCAGAAACCUUUCUUUUCACCAAAUGAAACGUCUCCAUCCAAUUUACCUUUAUGUACAAUAGCAAAUAAAACUUUAAAUAACAGUCUAUCGCCUAUCGUCGGUAAUAAUUAUAAUAAUAUUCCUAGUCCUCCUUGCUCAUCAUUAACAUCUCUUAUCCCAGUGAAUAUGAAUAUAAAUAAUUCAUAUCCUCCAUUAAUGUUUCGACGUUUGAAAAAGCGUAGUUUAUCAGCUUUGGAAAUUCCCGAAUUAUCUCAGUGUAUUGAUUUAGUUCCAUCAGUAUUGUCAACUACACAAACUGCAACAGUUAGUGCAACAGUCACCUCGAGAUUUGAAAAUUUUCCAACAGAUCUAAUGAUGGACCAUUCACAUUACUUUCUGUCGACUUUUCCCUGGUAAACUGUGCAUCUUUAUUUAUUUGUAUAAUGUACAUUUAUAAUAUGAAAUGUGUAUCUCUUAUUUAUCGUUGUAGAAAAAUAUCUAAAGUAAUCAAUUUUUUUCCAAUUACAAGAAAUAUUGUUCUAUUAAGUUAUGCCAACUCAUUUAAGUGUGUGUAGCAAAUACGGUGUAGUGUUAUUAUUUUUUUAAUAGCAUUUUCCUAUUUCUAAUGUCAACCACAAUAAAUUUUAAACAUUAAAAUACUUGUCGAUAUAUUAGGAGUUAAAUUUAAAGCCUUUGAGCGAAAUUCUGUCCAGUAGUUGUCUGUUCUUUAUUUCUAAAUUUUAUUCAUGUAAAUACUUGUUUCAAUCUAGGCUUUUUUAUCACUUUGCUUAGAUAGCUACUUUACAGUUCUAUGCUGUAUGUCCAUCUUAUGUAUAUAAUUUGCAUGUUUGGGUUUGUUUACCUUAAUUGCUGGAUUGCUAUGUGUCAUUUUGCAUGGUCAUUUGACUGUUUUAUAUUACUCUAUGUACAAUUUGUAGUUUUUAUUUAUAAUUCAUAAAUUAUUUUACACUAUUUGGUUUGAUAUUGUUUGUUUUUUUUUUGUUCACAGUUUAAGAGAAUAUAUUAUGCCCAUGCAUACUAUUUCUACUAUUUUUAAAGGUUUGAAAAGCCAACCUAUGCUAAAAUAUCGAUAAUUUGCUGGCAUUAUUAUUGCUGUUUAAUUAACUAAUUAAUCGGUUGAUUGAUAAUUGAAUAUUGACUAACGUCAUUUCUGUCUAGACCCCAGAGAUUAUUAAAUUCCAUCGAUUAAGUAGAAAUGAGACUACUAGUACAGAUGAUUUAACAUCGCCUUCACUAUUUUUCAAUUUUAGGUGGCUGGAGGUAGUAGGCAGAAAACUCUGCUUGACUUUGGAUUCAUGCGAGUUGACACUCUUUAGUAAGGUUUACCCGCAAUUUCAAGGGAUCUGACACUAUGUUAGAUUCGAAUGUCCGAGACUGAAUGUAAGUGACAUGGAUCCUAAUCUAGUGCAAAGCAUUAAUUCUCUCAAUAUUACAGAUACUCCUUGCUGAGGAAUGCUAACUAGCACGAAACCGUGUUCAGAUAGUGUUUCUCGUAGUCUAUUUCCAACCACCUAACAUUAUUAUUAUUAUGUUUUAUGUGUCUUUUAUAUUAAAAUAAAAAGAUGUGGUGUACAUUCCUUGUAUGCAUUUUGUUGUUUGGCUAUAGCAACAGAAUUUAUUGAAUAAACAAAUGAAUACUAGUAUAAAUACAGUAGUAUUCUGUGAUAAACGGCUAUAAAAAUAUCAUUAAUUUCAAAUUACUUAGUAUUAAAUUCAGAUCAAGUUAAUUUCUUAUAUAAAUUUGAAACUGGACGACAAAUGUCUUGAAGAACUUAUAAGUUGAUUAAUGGGAUUAUGAGGAUUCAAGUUUAUUACAGAAUGUAACUUAAACGGUACUUGUCACCUGCAAUGAUUGGUAUGCUGAUCAAAUCAUCAGUUGUUAUUAAAUAAACAUUAAUCUUGAAUUUGCUUAACUGUAAAAACACUAAGAAAAUAUACUUAAUUCUGACAUAAAGAAUGCUGUUAGUAAUGAAUGAGAAAACAAAGAUAACCAGUUUACUAUUCUUUUUCAUUUUAAGUAGUAUUUAGUCGGCUAAAAUCGAUCUUAUUUCGAGACAUUAAGACAAUGAUAUAAUCGAGAACUAUAUAUUCAGAUUAACAAAUUUAUUCUGUGAAUGCUAACGUAAUUACUGUCGAUAAAUAUGUGAGCUGAAUGUAGUCAUUAGAUAAUACAACAAAAUCUACUAGGUCAACAAGAAAUUCCUCGUUUAAAAUUGUAGUUUAAGUUUUAUGAAACCACAAAUCUAUUAAAUAAUUCGAUUUGGUUUUAAAGUUUGAUAUUUACCUUUCCUGAUAUACUUAACUAAGUAGAAACAUCAAGUAAACACUAUUUAUUUAUUAUUUGUUGAUGAAUUUCAUAUCUGAACAUGAAUAGCUUUUUAUAAUUAUUCAGUGUGUAAUUGAUGAUUAAUAUUAUAUAAUGACUUGUUUAGUCCUUGCUGUAAAUCAAUUUAACAUUACAAUGGAUACAAAUGGAGUUGUAAGAUUUCAGUAGACAGUAGCUUCAAUUGACUCAUGAUCUUAACUAUUGAAAUUACUACAAUCUCCACGAAACCCCUUCUGAUACUCGAAUUAUAUAUGUUUACAACAUCAAAAAAUUUAUUUCCAAAAUAAACCUGUGCUUUUUGUUUAUGAUUGAUAAUUGAAUUGAACAGUUGUGUGAUCAAUCAAUCUUUAAAUGUGCAUUCAUCAUUUGCCUGAAUACAUUUUAUUUUUGUCUUUGUAGAUAUAUUGUGUGUUGUUAGUAUAUUCUCCGUAGAUGUGACAAAACUUCUUUGUCAUGUAUACACAUGAUAUUUGUCUUGAUUUCUGAGUUAAUUAAUGGUAUUAACUAUUGUUACACUUUGAAAUAUAAGUAAUCUUAGCUAGUGUUAAAUAUAUAGGCUUCAAUGGUGGUUUAGUUUCUGAGAAAUUUAGCUUUUAGCCAGCAGUAGGUCAUAUAUUGGAACCAUACUCUACCUAUUUCACUUUCGAAGGUUGGGUAGGAUUACUAGCUCUCUCAUAAUUACUGUGACUCAAAGUCCCGAGUACAUAAACCUGUAUUUAGCAGACAAGUUUCAUCUGCAUAACUAUGUCAGUUGAAUGAUCAUUCAAGUUCAAAUAAUACCAAACUGUUAUUCAAUCGUAAUAUCGUUGUAUCACAAAUAAUUUUCUAAUUUAUGACUAUAUUACCUGGGAAUCUCAUAGUUAUUUCGUUAUAGCUUUCAUCAGUUAUCGACAAGAUGCAACAAUUUACAGUGUAUAAUCACAUCAUUUAAAAUGAUGCAAAUUCUUACUCCUUGCAUUUUAAUUUAUAUCUGAAGGUAUAUAUUCAUUGUUUCAGGUGGUUAUUGAUUAUCCAGCAGUUUAUUAUAUGCUUCAUCACAGGAUGAUGAAUGUGAACGGCUUGGAAUUAUUUUUUUAAACAUUAUUGUUAUCUUACUACAAAGCCAUUAUAUAGUCAACAUCAACAAUAAAUAAGUUUACUUUAGAAUAAUUUUAUCGACUGAUGUACUUGAUAAUUAUCAACAUCGGUUAACAUUUUUAUAACAUGUUUUUCUCAACAAAACUUACACCAUUCAUGCUGAUUAUUAUGAAUAGUUGAUUUGUAUUAUAUAGAAUGCAAAAUAAUUUUAUUUAACUAAAAAAGAAUCCUCUAUUCAUCAGAACAUUCAAAUGAUGUCAUACUUGUUAAGAUUUCAUUGGUAUGGGUAUGUAUAUAAUUGUUUCUCUCAAUAAUUUCUUAAAUUCCAGAUAACCUUUUCUUUUGUUUUUUUUUCUUCGAUAUUUGUGUACUUUUACAGUAGCACGAGGGAAGCAUGCUUAAUUCAAGUUAUAUAUAUAUACAUACUGUUAUAACUAAUCGUUUUGUAUGUUGACAUUUUACUGUUUUCAUUCAACCAACUGUUUUUCUAUUCGUUUUACUCUCUUCUGCCUAAUUGAUUUAUUUUUAUUUCUCUAACUUAUAUGUCUAUUUUUGUUGAUGCAAAUAAUAGGUAUGUUGGUGAAAUGGACAGACUUGAAGCUGUUAAUUUAUUAAGUAAUUGUAUUGACGGUACAUUUCUUGUACGUCUGUCUAAAAGUGCUGAAAGAAUGGGAGAAUAUUCACUAUCUGUUGUAUACGGCCAUCCACGGCAUAUUCGUAUACAGCGUUUUUCAUCAUCUGAUAAUUCCUGUAUUACAUAUGGUCUUUGUGAAUUAGAACAAUUCCCAAAUAUACCGGUAUGUUUUCUUUGUUAACUAAUAAGCUAGUGUUUAUUAUUAAUAUUAUUAUUCUUACUGGAACUUGGUUGAGAUUUUCGAGUGAAGGUUAAGGUUUUUGUUCAUUGUUCUUUAAUUUCACUGUUUUCCAAAUGAUUGUUGUUUAAAAUUUCUUGAAAGAUAAUUUCCUGUAGUGACGUUUGUUGGUUGUGUAUGACUGACUGACUUUGUCGGUUCCUGAGGCUGUCGAAACAUAUGAAUGCUCAUACUUUCUUUCAACUAGUAUUAUGCAGGUUAUUAGAGGUGGUUUGACCAUAUGACCUAUGAGCGACGAUAAAAUUGAGCAAGACGAGUUAAAGUUCUGUGGAUGACUUUACUCAUAGCACACUUUCACUUAGAUUUCACUAGCCAUUACCUUCAUCAUCGGACUACAUAUCAUUUUCUUAGUUAAGCCCAUGUAAGUUUUCAAAUCCAUGAAAUAUAUUAUCGAAAUAAAAACAACUUACUGAAAUAUUUUCAGACUAUAGUUUGUAGCUAAUUACUGAAGAGACAAAAAGUUGAACACGAAGUACCUAUUGCCAACUUUUUCUCUAGUUACAGUUCUGUACGCCGAAAUAGGCAUCACUAAACGUCCCUUCAAGGUUAUCGAGAAAAGUAGUUCAUUAAUCUACUAGUCGUUUAAUUUUCAUACUAUGCGUGAGAUAUAUAUUGGUCUUUGAAAACAAGAGAUGUAUAAAUCUUAUACGACCGAAGCACCUUAAUCACUUUUUUAAGUUAUCAAUCUAUAUCUCAAAGAUUUCACGUAAAUGUUCUCGUUCAAUAAAAACAGAUAUUUAGUUGAAGAGUAGUCCUUAAGAGUUAGUUUUAGUGUGGAUAGUCAAUGAAAUUUAGCAAGUACGUAAUAUUCUUUUGAAUAUUCAGUGAAAAAGAUCUGAUAAACAUUAACCAAAGCAGUUAAUAAAAUUUUCAAUCAAUAACCAAUCUAUAUUUGUAGCUAUUUGUGUCCUGAAACAUUUUAGUGAGUCGCGUAUACGCCAAAAUAUUUGAUGAAUGUAGAUGUAUUAGUAACAGUAUUUUUAUUUCUAAGUAAGGUUCAUUAUGCGGGAAUAACAACUUUUUUGUGAUUCUGAAAAUUCUCAAAAUCUGCAUUUUUUAUCAACAAAAACGAUUUGAUAGCAUACAAUCAUGAAGUAUUUUCUUUAUAAUUUUUUGAAACUUGAUGUUGUAAAGUAUAAACUCCAAAAAAUACACAUACAUUGAAUACUUUUCUCCCCACGUGUCUAUCUCUUUAGUGCGUAAUUGACAAUUACUCCAAAGUGUCGUUAAAUCGGUGCUUCGAUGAAGUUGACAUCACAUUACUUUAUCCCUACCAGAAGUGUCCUUGUAAGUUAACUAUUGUUACCCAUACUUUUCUACUACGUACCUUUCGGUUUCGUAUAUAUAUAUACACCUGUAUUUGAUAUUCUUUACUGAAACAUCGUCUACCUCAGUAAGUAAUGUUUGCUUGUGUAAAAUAAAGUGGGGGAAAACUAGGGGUGGACAAAUCAUUAUGUCAUGUCGGCCAAUAGAAUCACUGACUGUUUCAUUAAAGGAGGUCGGUAGGUGCAUUUGAGGUCAUCAAGAUUAUUGUAAUGAAUAAUUGGAGAUUGGGCGAAGUAGGUCAGAGUCAGUCACAAUACCACAUAUACAUUCAUUAUGUUUUCCCUUAGAUCUUGAGUUUUAUACAUAUGUUUUUUAUUUAACGAAUUCAUUCUUUCCUCUCGAACUAUAUUGUCUAUGCCUAAUGGUUUAUACCACCGCACAUUUUACUGAUACUGUUACUACUUCUACUACUCUGACAUUUGUCUUGAUAAUUUCAUCCCACUGUGUUGUUAUGGAUUAUCAAAUUGAAUGGAUACACAUAUGUGCAAGGUUCUAAGUUGCUCAUAAUUGAAUGAAUUGCUAAAUAUUCCAAUUAUUCGGUGAUGCUUAGAAAUUGUACUAACUACUUCAAGACGACUAAGCUAACACACAUAUUCCUUGGAACACGUCAGGUUGAAUAAAGUUUCUUUGAUCAUUCAUAAUACAUCAUAAUAAUGUAUCCUGAAUUCUCCAUCUGAAUCCUCUUUUUUAUCAGGUAAGUUUUGACCAGUGUCCAUCAAUUGCGUAAAGGUUUGGUCUCAUUGUAUUCUGAUUUUUAUGAUCGUUAAUUAAAUGGUAAUUUAUCUCAGGUUUGUUAUCUUAUAGGUAAAAAUAAUCUUAUUAGUAUGUUUAUUCAGACAAAGUUCAUUGGAGUGCUAUGACAUUCAGACUUCAUCAAGUCUUUUGAGAGAGCAAUCCUUGUCUGUGUAUUAUAUUUCAUAAGAUCACCAAAAUUUAAGCUAAGAUUGACUUGUUGGUUAUAUUUUUGACCAUCAAACACCAUUCGCACAGAGUAUAGGUAAAUUUUGCAUAAAAGAUACAAGUUAAAUGUUUCAUUUAAUACUUUGUAAAAUACUUUUUUCUUUUCAUUCUGUGUCUAUUCAUCAAUGUAUUUGAGUUGUCAGGUGAUUGGUAAGAUAAACGUUGAAAAUUGGUUUCUUUGACAAUCAAAUUUGUGCUACUUUUGUCACGUCUAAAGUAAGGAGGAUUCAAAUGGAAACUUCAUUUCUGAAAAUUAAUAGAUUUUAUCAUUGGUAAAAAAAUUACCACUAUAUGAUAAAACUAUUUAAUGGUUGUUAGUGUAGUUUUGAAGUACAACUUGAAUUAAUUUCUAAACAUUACUUAGUCAAACUAAAUUGAAUGAGAUACAUAUGUUGUAUGAUGUGAAAAUGCGAAUACCAUUUCUAUUUUUUAUGUUUCAAACCGUUUUAUAUCAUAUUCAAUAUCAAAUAAAUAAACUAAACUAAUGUAUCUUAGAAUUUCGAAUCUAUUUAUUUAAUUUAAUAGUUUUUAUCAUUAAUUUAUCCGUUUGUUUAUUUCUUCAUUUUCACUAUGAUUGUAGCUGAUUUCAUGGCAUGUAUAGAUUGUAUAUAGUUUUAUAUAGUUAGUGGGACACAUUAAUUAAAAUGUACGUGAAUAUAUCAUCAAGGUUAACGUACUUUUUCAUUAUUAAACUGUAUUUCUUUCAUUUUACAUAGCAUCACCAUUGUUCUAUGUUCGUGCAAAUUUCGAUUUUCAUGAUACGUCUAAUAGUCGUUUCUUGAAUUUGAAAGGAGGUGAUCGAAUUGCUGUAGUUAGUCGUGCAGCUGAAGACAGAGGCUGGUGGAAGGGAUGGUUAAAUGGUCGUAUUGGAUUCUUCCCCAUGUCUUUUGUGACAAGAGAGCUAUCUGGAUGAUUAUACUGGAUUACUAUUUUAUUUUUGGAAAAUUUGUAUUCUUUUUUAAUCCACUUAUUUUGUGAACAUCUUUUUACCAAACCCACGUUUAUCCUGUCAGAAAUCUAUACAUACAACCCAGUGUAAACUGUGUAUUAACAGCGAUUUAAACAAUGAAUUUUUGAAUAAUUAUAACUUUCUUUUGUCACUAAUUUAUCGUAGUAUCUAUUGGUUAUAUGUCUAUGUAGGAAGAGAGAGAUUUGUAUAAUAACCAUAAGAAAUGCAACUCAUACAUCUCUUAUUUUUAGCUAAGUAUGUUUUUUCCAUCAACACUAUAUCAUUAUAAUUACUGCUUAAUCGUUAGGUAGUUAGUCUAUUGGUUACCAUAUUAUCUGUACGUGUGUAGCGCCUUAUUAUAAGUAUAGUCAUUUUUCGCUUCUGUUUAUUUUGUACAUUCGUGUGCCUUGAUCGUUAAUUUAGGAAACUAAUCAACAAUCCAUUCAAUGUUGUGUAAGUAUAUAUAUAUAUAUAUAUAUAUAUAUAUAUAUAUAUAUAUAUAUAUAUAUAUAUAUAUGAAAUUACUUAAUUCCACUAUCCAAUCAUGGUGUGUAAAUAGUGUGUAUAAUCACAUCGAAUGUGCAUUGUGUAUGCGUGUUUCAUUUUUUCUUAAAGAUUUUAAUAGUUUUGUAGUUAACAAUUUUUGAUUUACCUUUUUGUUUUGUGUAUAGCAUUUCUGAUUUUCAGCGUCAUCAUGUUUUUUCCUUAUUAUUGCUACUUUUCUCUCCCAUAUGUUUCAAAACACAAAGCAUUUACCACUACUUUGAUAAUGAUAACAAUAUUAAUAAUAAUUAGAACACCAGUAAUAAUGAUCUUUUUGUACUUCCCUGUUUAUGAUAGCUGUCUUUCUUAAUCACAAGUUAUCGAUGAAUUUAUUCUACUGUUUUUCUGUCAUCCUUGUCUGCUGCACAAUGUCUCUUAUUGUCUGUGAAUGCACACCCACAAUCAUAUUGCUUUGUUACUUUCUACCAGCUUCUUCGCCUCGCCCUAUCUGUAUAUAGUUGGUUUUCCCCCUAUCCUCUCAUAAUUUUGUAAUUCCUUGUUUUGUUAUGUUUUGACGAAUUAUGGAAGUGUAAAAUGUGAGACAACAGACAUUUAUUUGUUUUAAACUUUCCCCUUUUUUAUUUCAUAAUUGUCCAUGUACUUUCUUCGCGGUUAUGGUUCUUUUUUAUUACCCCAUAAUUUUCACUAUUUUUAUCGCUUUGAUUUGAAAUUAUUGUGUUCCCUUCGUUUUAAAUGUAAUGAAAGAUAGAUAAACAAAUGAAAUGUGUACAGAAAAACAAUAAUAUUGAUCUUUUCUCUAAUCAAUCUGAAAUUUCAGUUAUUUGACAGAUUUGUGUUUUAUUGUACGAUAUUUUACCAGUACCAGCUUGGAUGCCAAAAAAAGUGUUUAGUCGAUGAAUUAAUCGCUUUUAUUGUCAGGACAAUAAUCAUUUUAAUAGUUUAUUAAUUCAUUUGUUAAGGCCUUUUUUUCUUAAAUCAGCUGUUCAAAUCAUGGUUGUUUGUGUCUACAUAAACAUUAAGGUUAUGUAGCUCGAUAAUUAUCAUAGGAGAAUAAUUGAUUUUUAUUUGAUUAAAUUAAUGAAAUGGAAAGAACACAUGGAUGAUCUAAACAUAUUUGAUUUGAUCACUGAAUGAUUGACAAAGGAAAAUAAAAGACAAUAAAACAAAAAUUUUCACGUUUGUCAAAUCAAUCGCAUUUUAGUAACUAUCUAUCUAUCCAUUUUAUUACAACCCUGUCAAUGAUAUUAAGCACACAGUUAUUUGACGAUAAAGAUUUAACACAACUUUCAAGCGACAUUUCGAUCCAUCAAACACCAUAGGCUUAUCAGAAUUGAUGUUUAUUCAUUUAGAUUUUGGACAAAAGUUUUGGUUAUUUACAAUACAAUGGUCAUAGUCGAAUGUCAUUGAUUACAUUGGAAAUGUGUACAAUUGUCCUUAGUAAAAGAAGUAAUUAAUAUCGGAGAUUUUAAACAGAUGUAACUCUUAAACGUAUCACAUUAUCAUUAUCUUGCGACAAUUAAGACCACGUUAAAAAGAAUAUAGACAAUUGUAGUAGGCGUCGAGUCGCGGUUGACAAUGAUCACCACUACAGGAAGACUACGUUCCAGUUACCAGGUUAGAUCCCUCCGUAGACCAAUUAUCAGAAGGCAGUUGAAGGUUGUAGUAAGAUGUAUUUGUUGGCGAUCUCGUGGUAUCGAAAUAAUAUCGAGGUCGUACCAAAGUUUACGAGCGGGACUAUUGGGCGUACGAGAGUUCGUGCAAGGUCACAAACAACGGAAGAGUGAGUUUUUGGUACACUUAAACAGGUACAGUAAAACAAUCACUGGUACAGUUGGCUAUAAUAAUAAUUGUUUUGAUUAUAACAAUCGAGUUCUCCUCAUAAAAGUAGGUCACUACACGAUGAAGAGUUCAUUUAAG